GGACGUGUCUUGGUCUUUCGAUCUUUUCAGAAUACGCGGCUCUAAUCUUAUCCUCAGUUUCUCACACGCACUUUCAUUCCUAGUUAGUAGUCACCCUACAUCGAUCAUAACUUUGUGUAUGCCAUUACUAAUUUGACGACCUCUUUUGCAGAAUUGAGUCGUCAAUGCUUCACACCACUCGAGGUCUCGACCCGGCCCCAUGAUAUACGCGCUUUCGCGUAAUCUUGGUCUGAAGGAAAGAAAGGCUUCUUUGAGCCUGUGCUUUAUACCCGAGUAGUGGCCGACUGGUUGGACCUCUCUUCUUUGAGUCAGGGCUUCUUUUAUUAUCAUCUUUUUCUUUCGAUAUGUAUACGCGCUUGAUUGGUCGGUCAGGUGCAUUCACUGGGAAAAAAGGAAAAAUUAAUGUGAAAUGAUUUUGGGUGUCCACAACUCCCCGUGUGUUUGAAAUUUUAGUGUCGUGAGUAUUUCACAUUUGUUGAAGGAUGUCGACAUAAUGUGUGCCUCUACAAACUAGGGUUUAGAGUUGUAAUAGGAAUGUGUUCUAGGUAUUCAAUUGUAAUCGGAUUCUAUUACCUUUUUGGUACCUUGUAACUCCCUAUUUAAAGGGCUUCUAUUAUCAAUAAUAAACACAAUUGCAUUCUCCUACAACACGUUAUCAGCACGAGCCCUAACCCUAGCCUAAAAGAAAAGAAAAACAAAAAAAAAAACCCUAGCUUUUGAAAAAAAAAAAAAUUUCUCUCUGCCGCACAACACCGGCCUCCCUUGCCUGCGCACCCGCACUGCACAACAGCCCCCGCUGUUUCCUGCCACCCUGCCGCACCUCCCUGCUGCACAACUGCCCGAGCCCAAGCACCUGCAGCAGCAGCAGCCUCCCUGCAACCCUCCUGCCGCUCCCUGCGUCCUGCCCCCAGCAGCCCAAGCCGCAAACAACCCAAGCCGCCAGCAGCCCAGGCCGCGAUCUGCAGCAGCACCCUCCGAUCAGCCUCCCUCCGCAUAGCCCGCGCACCAGCCCCCUCUGCACACCGCAGCACCUCCGAUCCCAGCAGCCUCCCUCCCACCGGCGAACUGCAGCAGCCUCCCUCCCACCUGCUCAACAGUUGAUCGUUGUAGGGAGAAGAACCAGAAGGAAGAAAGAAGUCGCGAAAAAAAAAGGAGGAAGGGACCCGGCCCAGAAAAAAAAAAAAAAAGGAAGGGAGAAGGGCUGGGCCCGGAAAGAAAAAAAAAAAGAAAAAAAAAAGGAAGGGAGAAGGGCAGCCCACCAACUGGCAAUUUCCGACCAGAUUCCAGCAAUCCUAAUUUAGCUACACGCCUGCAUCAACACGCGCGUGUCUUCAAGCCAAGAACAAUCACGCUCGGAGUACCAUAGUUGGGUAACCGAUGUUGAGAACCAUCUCACUUCAAAGGGAAUAUUGCCCAUAAUCCAGGCACCUAACCCGGAUCUUGUGUUCAUCCCAACACCUGCAAAACAUGCUCAAGCAGUCAUCUUGAUGCUACAUCAUAUGGACAAAGCACUCAGAUUGGAGUAUAUGUCGAUCAAGGAUGCAAGAGAGCUAUGGGUAGCGCUAGAAGAGCGCUUUGGCAAUGUCCAAGAUUCCCUCCUCCCUGACUUGAAGGUUCAAUGGAACAAUCUGCGCUUUGCUGACUUCAAGUAUGUUGCUGAAUAUAAUUCAGAAGCUCUUCGCAUACAAUCCAUGUUGAGGUUUUGUGGAAAACCUAUCACAGAGCAAGAGCUAAUUGAGAAUACUCUCUCCACCUUCCCCGUUUCAGCCAUUGUGAUAUCAAAGCAAUAUCGUACUGAAGUCAAUGCAGGACGGAUCACGAGGUUUCAUCAGCUUAUUAACAUCAUAUCUGUAGCUGAGAAACAUGAUAACAUACUCGUGAGAAAUUAUAAUUCAAGGCCCAUUGAAACUAAGAGCGUUCAUGAGGCGAAUUAUAAUGCACCCAAAGGAGGGCGCAAGGAGCGGAACCCUAAGAAUGGGGGAUAUGAGGGACGUAUGGGCCCAUAUAACCGCCCUAACCAGGAAGGAAACCGCAAGUUUGGUGUGGAUACACGUGGUGGUAAUGCCACACGUGGGAGAGGAGGUCGUGGUAUCCCUAGCCGUAAUGGUGGCUCCAUGGGUCGUGGUGGUGGCACCAACCCUCCUAGGGAACGCCCGCAACGUGCACAACGUGCACCUCAAUUAAAGGGAGGCAACCACAAUGAUGAGUGUCAUCGAUGUGGAUCAAUUGAGCAUUGGUUGAAGCAAUGCAAGGCAAGCGAGGAACUAGCUGAAAGAUACAGGGCAUACAGGGACCUGAGAGAGCAAGAAGUGUACCUUGCAGAAGAAGAAGAAGAUGGUGGAGAUGUCAAUCUCACCAUAGAGGACUUCAAAGCUGAAGAUGAAGUGCACAAGGAUGCAGCAGACUUUGAUUAGAUUAAUCCUUUUAUUUUUCCAAGAACUUUUGUAAUGGCAAUUUGCCUUAGUCAAUAAAUGACAAUUGUAUUAACUCUUUCUUAUGUGGCGGACCCAAUAAAAUAUGAUGUCUAGGAAAGUCAUUGAGAUUAUUGGUACUUAAGAGAGCCUCGCUCCACCAACAUCUCUCUCUACUUUCCUGGUCAUAUUUGAUUGGAGUUACCAAACGGAUAGAGUGACUACAAUGUGUCUUAGUUUGAUUUUAUUUUGGAUUAGAUUUUGGAAACUUUGAUGUAAUCGUUGGCUAUUAAUAAAGUGUCAAUUCUUUUACUUAAUGUCUUGGACAUACCUUAAUUCGAACUUUAUUAUAUAAGAGCCAAUGGUUUUCAUGUGGAAACACAUUAUGAGAAUGGACAGAG